AUGAGUCGCCUGUCUCGGGCUGAGGCCCGGUCCCCCUUGCCGUCGCUGCAGAGCGAAAUCUCGAUUCUCAAUGCCGAAAAGUAUGGCGAGGAGCCCAGACAAGUCAAUGACAAGCGCUCGCCAUCGCCGGAUCAUGACGAAGACGACGCCGUACGGAAGAAGCGCUCCAGAGGCCGUCCGCGGCUCGACACCAAGGACGAGACAGCCGCCGAUCGUCGUCGAACCCAGAUUCGUCUUGCUCAGCGAGCUUACAGACACCGCAAAGACACCGCCAUCACCACCCUCGAGCAAAAGGUCAAGGAUCUCGAGGCCUCGAACGAGGCCAUGAGCAAGGAGUUUACCAAGUUUUACGACAUCAUCCUGGCCGAGGGCAUCUUUGACAUUGCCCCCCAUGCCGCCCCUCGCCUCAGACUCAUCGCCGACAGGCUCCUCCGCAUCUCCAGCAUGGUGGGAACCAGCAGCAUCACCUCACCAGACAGCGACGAAUCCAUUGUGGCCAAACCUGGCGCCGGCCGCAAAGGAGCCAAGGACAUCGCCAUGAGCCUCGGCUCCCAGAGCAGCAUUCUCGAACCGGAAAUCACGGCUUCCACCUUCUCCACCUCCCAGCACCAGCAUCCGGCUGCUUUCAACUACGAAGUCAUCGCUCAAGCCACGCCAAACAACGCCAGCUUCCCCUUCUUCUCCCUCGAUGCAUCCUCCUCACAGCCCCAGAGCGGCAGCUAUCUGGGCAACUCCAUCGCCAGCCCUUCGCCCUACCCCCGGCUCUCGCCGCCGGCGCCAUUCGGCUUUAGCGAGCGCUCCUUUAGCAAGAGAUUGCAGCGGACAACCCUGGAGCGCGGCCUCAGACUGGCCACGAUGAAGAACCCGCCCCCUGAGCAGUAUGCGACCGUCUUCGGCUUCUGCUUACUGUUUGAAUCCCGAGAAGCCAUCAUCCGGAGAUUGGCCGCUGGGCUGAAAAAGGCGCAGAGCGAGGUCAUGGACUGGAAGCUGUCGACGUCUGAUCAAUUUGGGUUCUUGGACAGUGCCUUUUCCUCGGCCGGCUCGGAUGACUUGGGCCACGCGCUGCUUUCCCUGGGUAAAUCGAACAGUGCCUUUUCUGGCCUGACGUCGGCAUUUAACCAACAGUCCUCAACUGGUUCUGAUGAGCGAACGGAGCAGCGGAUACGGAUGAUUUGCCAGAACUUUGAGGGCGAGUUCUUCACGGCUGACGAAGUAGAGUUGUUCCUGCGCAGGCUUGGCUUGAGUAUUCCUCCCAACGUCGACUACCUCGAAACAGAACUGGACCUCAACGACCUCCAAGCUGCCGACGAUGCCAGCACAAAGAGCCACUUUGCCAGCAUCGGAUUGUCUCCCGGCAGCCCAGGCCUGGGCGCCGGCGGCGGAAUCCACAGCAACAUGUGGCAGAUGAAUGCCCCCUCGAUAGGCGAUUUCGCAAGUUCCCUACGAGGAGACUCGUCAGAAGGUCAGAGCAGUAAGAUGGCAGAGUUUGGAGACGAAUCUGACCCGAAUGGAGGAUUAGUCUCGUUUAUGAACAAUCACGACUUCAGCCAGAUGUGGUCUGCGGGAUCUAGUUGGCAAAAGACAAAGGUUUCCCUCGACAUUCGCAGGCUAAUAGAAGAACUGGUCGGUCGGUCAGUCUGUCUCGGCAGGGUACCGGGUGUGCGGCCCAAGGACGUGAUCAAAUCCGUCAAGAUUGCGGCGGGCCUAUCAACCUCUAGCGCACCGUGA